ACCAAACUCCCUAAACAAUUCCCAGUUUCUUCUCACCCUCUUAACUUUAAUUUAGGGAGAAACAUCAGCUAUGGAAAUGAACAAAAAAGAAAGACAUCUAGGGAUAAAAAACAUCAUGGGGUAAAACAUAAAGCUAAUAAUGGAGAGAAGACUGCACACAUGGCUGGCCCUCUCUUCAUUCAGAUUCUUGCCUUUUAUUUGCUUAUUCACAUAUUUAGUGUAAAAUAUAUCUUUAGAAUCUGAGACAAGUUAUCAAGUCUGAACCUGUGUUCCAAAGCAAGGAAGACAAUUUGUAUCUAUUGGGUGGUGUAGAGACUGGAUCCAACCUUAAUCCAUUCCCUUUUGGGAAUGAAUGACUGACAUCUCAUUUGCUCCAGAAAAGCAUCAAAAGUAUUCUGGCUUCUUAUGGCUUUGCAUGAUUCCUGGACAUGGAGAUUAAACCAGGGGCAGACAGAAACUCUGGAGACUUGAAAGAUGAGAGACAAUUUGGUGGUGGCCUGAAUUUACUUAAUUUUAUCUGGGCUGAAAUAAACUCUUGUUUGGUUGUGUAAAGAAUGAUUUGAUAAAUUUUCCACGGGAAAUGAAGUGUAUACAUAACACUUACUGAAUUUUAAUUACAACACCAAGGAUUUUAGAAUUCAAGGGAGCUUUAGACUUGACAUAGUUCUAUUGGCUCAUUUUACACAUGAGAAACUAACAAUUGCUUAGGGGAAGUACAGAGGCAAUUUUUGUUUGGGAAUAGAGGGUUUGACUAGAUGACUUCUGAGAUCCCAUUCAAUAUAUUUUUGAAACUGAGGCCCAAAGAGGUUAAGGAAAUUGCCCAAGGUCACAGAGCUGACUGGGAGGAAAAGCCUAGAGUAGAAUCCGGUUUCUGGAUCCCUUAUCUAUUUAUGACUCCUUUAGUAUUUGAAGGUAUUUGAAACUCAAAAUAAUGAUGCCUUUGGGUAGAACACUUUGAGGAAACAACAUAAACCUGGCAAUCACAUGCUUACCUUUGGAUUAUCUUUUAAUUCCCAAUAUGAUGAGUCACAUAGUAAAAAAAAAAAAAAAAAAAAAAAAAAAAGAAAGAAAGAAAAAAAAACACUGGCAUACUAAGAUGCUGUAUCAGGAACUAAUUAAAAGGGGGAAAAAAUCACUCAGAUGAACUUUGUAAUUUCCUCUGAAUCUUUUGACAAAUGUAACCUUAAAUGCUGACCUGUUUUGAAUGCAGAUUUUCUAAUGACAGUUGGUAUUUUUCAUGGAUAAAACAAGAGCUCCUCCUACUUUUUAAAAGAAAGGCUUUAGUUGUAAGAUCAUUUAAAAUCCAUUAAGCCAAGGAGCUGUUCAUUGAGACAGACUUCAGUGGUAUUACAGAAUUUGAUUACAACUGAAUAUGUUAUUCACAUAGAAUAAGUCUGGAACUUCUUUAAAGGAUAAAGUUUGCAGAUAAGGGGCCCUGCUCCUCCUUGUGAAAAACUCAGGUAUUCCGGGUAACCACAUAGUGUAUAAAGCCCCUCAUUGUGCUAGUGACAAUUCUGUAACCCAGAAGCCAAGGAAAGAGUUGUCUUUGUGUUCAUUUCGAGAGACAACGUCAAGAUAUUAAAUCUUGGAGAAAUGGCUUUCGUUUGCUUGGCUAUCGGAUGCUUAUAUAGCUUUCUGAUAAGCACAACAUUUGGCUAUACUUUAUCUUCGGACACCAAGACAGACGUUUACCCUCCUCAGGAUUUUGAGAUUGUGGAUCCUGGAUAUUUAGGUUAUCUCUAUUUGCAAUGGCAACCCCCACUGUCUCUGGAUAAUUUUAAGGAAUGUACAGUGGAAUAUGAACUAAAAUACCGAAACAUUGGUAGUGAAACAUGGACAACCAUCAUUACUAAGAAUUUACAUUACAAAGAUGGGUUUGAUCUUAACAAGGGCAUUGAAGCAAAGAUACGCACACUUUUACCAUGGCAAUGCACAAAUGGAUCAGAAGUUCAAAGUUCCUGGGCAGAAACUACUUAUUGGAUAUCGUCACAAGGAAUUCCGGAAACUAAAGUUCAGGAUAUGGAUUGUGUGUAUUACAAUUGGCAAUAUUUACUCUGUUCUUGGAAACCUGGCAUAGGUGUACUUCUUGAUACCAAUUACAACUUGUUUUACUGGUAUGAGGGUUUAGAUCGUGCAUUACAGUGUGUUGAUUACAUCAAGGCUGAUGGACAAAAUAUUGGAUGCAGAUUUCCCUAUUUGGAGUCAUCAGACUAUAAAGAUUUCUAUAUUUGUGUUAAUGGAUCAUCAGAAGACGAGCCUAUCAGAUCCAGUUAUUUCAUUUUUCAGCUUCAAAAUAUAGUUAAACCUCUGCCACCAGGCUAUCUUACUGUUACUCGGGAGAAUGUAUAUGAAGUUCAGCUGAAAUGGAGCAUACCUUUUGGACCUAUUCCAGCAAGGUGUUUCAUUUAUGAAAUUGAGAUCAUAGAAGAUGAUACUACCUUGGUGACUAUUACAGUUGAAAAUGAAACGUACACCUUGAAAACAACAAAUGAAACUCGACAAUUAUGCUUUUUAGUAAGAAGCAAAGUGAAUAUAUAUUGCUCAGAUGAUGGAAUUUGGAGUGAGUGGAGUGAUAAGCAAUGCUGGGAAGGUGAAGACCUAUUGAAAAAAGCUUUGCUACUUUUCUUGAUACCAGUUGGUUUUAUCUCAAUAUUUAUUGUAUUUAUAACUGGUCUACUUUCGAAUAAGCCAAACACCUCCUUAGAAAUGAAUUUUUCCACGAUGAAUGAAGAGUUCAUGUUUCAAGAGACAUGGUAUUGACUCACCAGUUUCCAGUCAUGGCCAAAUGUUAAAUACGAGUCUCAAUAAAGUGAAUUUUUCCUGCAAA